AUGAGGAUCUUGACGAUCAUUCUUGCUCUCUUCACCUUUCCAUUGGCAGUGUACGCUGCCUUUGGGUACACGGAUAAUGGUUCCGAAUAUGUCAUCGACUCUGGGGCAUCCCUAGUCAUCAAAGUCAGCAAGGCAAACGGUGACAUAACCUCCAUCGCUUACAAAGGUGUCGAGUACCAGGGUUACCAGGGAAAGAACACCCAUGUUGAAUCGGGCCUUGGUGCUUCAACCGUGACAAUCCAGCAGUUCUCUUCACCUGCAUAUAUCAUAAAGGUCGCUGUUACUUACGGAACCCUCAAGCACUACCUCUUUGUUCGGUAUGGCAACAACAACGUCUAUAUCUUCACCAACAAGGCAGACUCCAGCGUCUCGGCAUCCCGGUACAUUGUGCGCCUGAAGCCAAAUGUGUUUCCUCAUUCCUCUACCGACUCAGACUUCUACGACGACGGCAGCACAACCAUCGAAGCAUCCGACAUCACCAAGAACUCAGCCGGAUACACCAAGAGCAAGCACUACCAGGGAAGCAACUACGGACGGGUAAUGGACUUCGAUUACGUGGGCAAAACAACCGGCAGCGUUGGCGUUUGGCUCAUUCGCUCGAACCACGAGAAGGCGUCCGGCGGUCCGUUCUUCCGCUCCUUGGUUCGAGGAUGUACCACUAUCGCGGAGGAUCUGUAUGAGAUCUACUUCUAUUCUAUGGGCCAUACGGAUGCCGAGCGAUAUGGACUGCAGGGACCUACGGUUCUUUCAUUUACCGACGGCGGGACGCCGAACACAGCUCUCUUUGCUCGCAAUGCCGACUGGAGCUGGUUCGAUACGCUAGGGCUCGACGGCUGGACCACCUGGGGAAACCGUGGCUGGAUAUCCGGAGUCGGCAUCGCCAACAUGAAAAGCGGAUUCACCUACGUCGUCGGGCUAUCCAACACCGCCGCACAGUACUGGGGCACGGCCUCCUCCUCCGGCGGCGCAUGGUCCAUCAAAAACGUCCUACCCGGAACCUACACCCUAACGGUCUACAAAGGAGAGCUGGAAGUACACACCCGCAGCGUCACUGUAUCCACCGGCUCCGGUACCGCCGUCAACACCAUGACACCCACCGACCCGUCCGACACGACUGCUCUCUGGCGCAUCGGCGACUGGGACGGCACGCCCUCGGGCUACCUGAACUUCGACAAAACCCCAAUGCUACCCACAUACAUGCACCCAUCCGACGUGCGGAUCUCGACCUGGGACUCGGGCAACUUCAUCGUGGGGACAUCCGCCACGAACUCGUUCCCCGGGUACAUGUGGAAAGACGUGAACAACGGACACGUGGUGUACUUCAGGCUGUCUGCGGCACAGUACGCGAGCGCGCAUACGAUCCGGAUCGGGAUCACAGAGGCGUUUAUUGGCGGACGGCCGCAGAUUAGCGUGAACGGGUGGACAUCUGCGGCUCCGAGCCCGAGCACGCAGGGCUCGACGAGGAGUUUGACCGUGGGCACGUAUCGUGGGAAUAAUGUUAUGUUUACAUAUGAGGUGCCGGCGAGCGCGUGGCUGCAGAGUACGUCGGAGUGGCAGGUGUUGACGAUUAAUGUGAUUAGUGGAAGUAGUGGGUCGGGAUAUUUGAGUCCGGGGAUUAGUAUUGAUUGCGUGGAUAUGAUUUAG